AUGGCCAGCGAGCCUUUUCGCACAGUCGACCUCACCAGUGGCAAUCAGGAGCUUGGACCAUUCCCUGCCUGGACCUAUACCACCCACCCGGUCCCGGUCCCGGUCCUGGUCCCGGAUAUGGCUUCCAACAAGCGCCAGUCCAUCCUCCCCAGGGUGCAGGCCGGCCCCAAGGCCCCCGUCAACUUCUCCUCCUCCAUCACCAUUGCCGACACCGCCAUCCUGACCGGCAACCACACCAUCAACAUCAGCUCCGACUCCGUCAUCCACCCCCGGUCCAAGCUCGACUCCUCGGGCGGCCGCGUCACCAUCGGCCGCCGCUGCAUCGUGCACGAGCGCACCCACGUCGGCGCCCCGGGCCCCGCUCCUCCCUCCUCGUCUGCCAGCUUCGGCGUGCUGCUGGAGGACUACGUCACGGUCGAGGUCGCCGCCGUCAUCGAGUCGGGCGAGACCACCAUCGCCGAGGGCUGUCUGAUCGGCAUCGGCGCCAGGAUUGGCAGGGGCGCACAGCUGGGAAAGCACUGCACCAUCACCGCCAAGAGCGUGGUGUCCCCCGGCGAGAGAGUGCCGGACUACACCGUCGUCUACUCCAACGGCGUCAGGCGUCUGGACAAGCGGGGAGUCAACGACCUCAAGAACAAGGCCCAGGCUCGGCAGAUCGAGGUCCUCCGACGACUGAUACCCAGCAAUCCCGCCAAGUUCAAGGACUGA